UACAGGAAAACCCGGUGUUGCACUUUAUCAACGAAGACGAUGUGAGAAGAGACAAAUGGAGAAGCCUCGUCGUCGGCAACUUUGAGCAGCUGCCCCAAAGUCUCGGGUCACAUCAUGGGAGCGUUACGCUCGUGUCGCCUUUCCUUCAUCCUGACUUGGAUAUCUGUGGUUUUCCUGCCUGCUAUGUGUUUACGACACGCUAUGAUACCAACGCUGCGCCUGGAGAGCCAAGUGUUCGUGGCCUUCUCAGGCAAAGACCUCACCAUCGGCAGCGAGCUGAUCACACCAGUCAACCAGACUAAAGAUCACCUGAGGUGCUUCUGCCCGUCCGGCCGGAAGAUAUACUUCACGGUCAUCGACUCGAUAACCGGGACACACGUGCCUUACAAACUGCAGCUGAAGCUGAAGAACCUGAACAUCUCAGGAGAAUAUCACUGCACGUAUAAAACCGCCAGGGCGUCCUGGUUUCUGCGAGUGAGAGAUGAAGGCUACAGGAAGAUGGUGAAGUUGGACACCGAGUUGAUCCCGGUGAGCGUGCUCAUCGGCGUGCUGCUGCUCUUCAGCGUGCUCGGCUCGGCGUAUGUCUUCAGAGGACAUUGGAAAGAGAAGAUUACACAGAGUGGCAGAAAACAGCAUAACAGAGAAGAAGAGAAAGACAAGGCCAAAGAGGUGGAGGAGGACAAGAUGGACAUGAGGGCAGCUCAGUCUACUUCUUUCUAUGCGAGUCUAGAACCUCGGCCCAGGUCCAUUUAUGACGUGCUGGACCCCUCUGCUGCCAAAGCAGAACCGGAUCGAGAAAAAAACGGUUGCAAGACAAAGAAGCCCCUCAAACCGGCGCCGCCCACUGCAGAACACCCGGAUGACGGCACGUUGGAGUGUGUUUACGAGAACUUUUGA